AUGCUCUCUUCCAUACGCACCUGGGCCUCGGUCCUCACGGCCGCUGUUGCCGCCUCUGCUGCCACCUCGUCGGUCCCUGUCACACCGCAUGCCAGCUACUCUUCGUCCAUUGGCGUCCUCGGCUGCAAGGUCAACACCAACCGCAUUGCCUACUGGCCCAUGGCCGUCGACUGCGACAACAUUUGCGUCUCGCUGUCCUACCAAGGCCGCCAGGUGUAUUUGCUGCGCGUGGACCAGUCGGGCGGUGCGCACGAUGUCAGCUACGACGCCUGGAACUACCUAGUCACCGGCAAGUCGGCAACGGCAGACCCCACGGCUGGCGGCGCGGUCAGCAUGGACACGGAGAACGUCGACGCGUCCAAGUGCGCGGGGCUCAUCAGCACGUCCGGGUCCAAGCUGCCGCUGAGCGCCUCCAACAGCAUGAAUUUCCUCAACAGCUGCCUCGAGAAGCAAGCUGCCGGCACCGCCAACUGGGUCGCCAGCAACUACGUGCUGUACAACAUCCUGGACCCCAUCUGCACCUACGGGUACAACGAGGUGUGCACACUGACAAACUGGCCCGACCAGAACCAGGCGACGUGCCCGGACACGCUGGGCGACCCCGUCUCCCUGACGAGCCAGCCCGUGUACAACAUUGAGUACCCGACGGGGAAAAAGGUGCUCGCGGGCUCGUCGGCGGCAGCGUCUUCGUCUGGUGCGACGCCAAACACGGCCAACGCGGCCUCGUCGGCUGGCUGCACCAACAUCUUCCAGUGCCAUCCGCUGCUGUUCUGGGCCGUCGGCCUGUGUGCCGUGCUGCAUUCGUUCUUUGGCAAUUUAUAG